AUGUCGAUCGUUUUACAAAAAGAUGAUAAAGCAGUAGUCUUUGGUGAAGAUGUAGCUUUUGGUGGCGUCUUCAGAUGUACGAUGGGAUUGGCAGAUGAGUUCGGACCAGAACGUGUGUUUAAUACGCCAUUAACCGAACAGGGUAUCGCAGGUUUUGGAAUCGGCUUAGCAGCCAUGGGUCACACAGCUAUUGCAGAGAUCCAAUUUGGAGAUUAUAUCUUUCCUGCUUUUGAUCAGAUCGUCAAUGAAGCUGCAAAGCUUAGGUAUCGUAGUGGUGGAGAUUAUGAUUGUGGUCACUUGACUAUCAGAGCCCCUACGAUGGCUGUGGGUCAUGGUGCUCUAUAUCAUUCUCAAAGCCCUGAAGGUUAUUUUCAACAAGCAGCAGGAUUAAAACAAUCUGAUCGCUUGAUAUCAAUGCUUUGUCAUUUCACAAAGGUAGUCAUCCCCAGAUCACCGAGUCAAGCUAAAGGUUUAUUACUCUCAUCGAUCCGAGAUCCGAAUCCGGUUUUAUUUUUUGAACCCAAAAUCCUUUAUAGAUCAUCAGUUGAAUACGUCCCAUCAGGAGAUUAUGAAUUACCACUAGGAAAGGCAGACAUUCUUGAAUCAGGAAGUGACAUCACCUUAAUCUCAUACGGUUCAACAAUCUACACUUGCGAACUGGCAAUGGCUAUGUUGAAACGACCACCUAAAGAAAUUGAAGAUCUUGUACCAAAAGAAUUGAGGAAUUUAAAGAUCGAGCUUAUUGAUCUUCGGACGGUUAUCCCUUUCGAUCAAGAAACAGUUAUUGAGAGUGUGAAGAAGACUGGAAGAUGUGUAAUCGUUCAUGAGGCUGCGAGAAAUGGUGGUAUAGGUGCUGAAGUUGCGGCUCGGAUCCAAGAACAUUGCUUCUCGAGGCUAGAAGCACCGGUGAAGAGGGUGUGCGGAUGGGAUACUCCAUUUCCAUUGGUUUUUGAAAAACUCUAUGUACCUGAUCAGAUCAGGAUUUUGGACGCUUUGAUUGAGACAGCUCAGUAUUAA